UGGUUGGCCACCGAGAGUGAACUUAGUAGGCAGAUGACCAGCUUUUUGUAUGGGGGCCCCUGCUUUUGUCUCCUAAUCAGCUGCUCCCUGGACGGCUAUUCCCAGGUGGAUAUGGUCUCCUUGCGGUGUAAAGCUUCACCCGCUGGUUUCUGCAGACAGAGCAAGCUACUGUUAACGUCACAAGAGCAGGCCAGGCUGGAUUUUGUCUUUGUCUCCUUCUAGUUUCCCCCCAGAUACCUUGACCUUGAAGAUGGUGAGUAGCCAGCCAAAGUACGAUCUAAUACGGGAGGUUGGUCGUGGCAGCUAUGGUGUGGUGUAUGAAGCAGUAGUGAGGAAAACCUCUGCACGUGUUGCGGUGAAGAAGAUUCGGUGCCAUGCUCCAGAGAAUGUAGAACUCGCCUUACGUGAGUUCUGGGCACUUAGCAGUAUCAAGAGCCAACACCCAAAUGUUAUUCACCUGGAGGAAUGCAUCUUGCAAAAAGAUGGCAUGGUGCAGAAGAUGUCCCAUGGUUCCAGCUCCUCACUUUAUUUGCAGCUUGUAGAGACCUCCUUGAAAGGUGAAAUUGUCUUUGAUCCCAGAAGCGCCUACUACCUUUGGUUUGUGAUGGAUUUCUGUGACGGAGGUGAUAUGAAUGAAUAUCUCCUCUCCCGGAAGCCUAGCCGUAAGACCAAUACCAGCUUUAUGCUUCAGCUCAGCAGCGCUCUGGCUUUUCUGCACAAAAACCAGAUCAUCCACCGUGACCUCAAGCCUGACAACAUCUUGAUCUCUCAAACCAGGAUGGAUUCUAGUGACUUGGAACCCACUUUGAAAGUAGCUGAUUUUGGGCUAAGUAAGGUUUGUUCAGCUUCAGGACAGAACCCUGAAGAGCCUGUGAACGUAAACAAAUGUUUUCUUUCUACAGCUUGUGGCACAGACUUCUACAUGGCUCCUGAAGUUUGGGAAGGUCAUUAUACUGCCAAAGCAGACAUCUUUGCAUUGGGGAUUAUAAUCUGGGCAAUGUUGGAAAGGAUCACUUUCAUAGACACAGAGACAAAGAAAGAACUGUUGGGGAGUUAUGUGAAGCAAGGGACUGAGAUUGUACCUGUUGGAGAGGCAUUGUUGGAAAAUCCAAAAAUGGAACUACUCAUUCCUGUUAAGAAAAAGACAAUGAACGCUCGUAUGAAACAGCUGAUUAAGGAAAUGCUUGCUGCUAACCCACAAGACCGCCCAGAUGCUUUUGAAUUGGAACUCCGGUUAGUUAAAAUUGCUUUUAAAGAUAGCAGUUGGGACACGUGACCUCUGUAGUACUUUGACCUCUUGGUAGGAUUACAAUGGUGCAGCAUUUUGUGGAAGCAAAAAAAGACUAACUCAAAAUUCAAGGUGUCAGGGUUCAGGGUUCUUUCCCCAUUGCGUUUCUCUUGAUUUUCGUAAACAAAGCUCAAGGUGGCUGUUCUUGUUUCAGUACCAUAUAUGUAUAUUUCCAAGCUACAGCUGCAAUGCUAUCCACCUGGCCAGGAAAAUUGAUUUAUUAGGAGGUGAUUGCUUUCUAGGAAUAUUUCAAACAUUCCAGUUUCAUACUGCAGAAUUGGGAAUGCCAAUGGAAGAGAAGAUUUGCAUGCUGGUAAUGCAAAUUAUUCAACUUUGUAGAGUAAACAUGUAUAUAUUUAUGUCUGUAUGAGUGACUUUACUCCCCCCCCCCGGUUCAUGUGGAGAAAAUAUCCCCAUUAUUUAUAUUGUCUCAUAUUGAAUUGGGUGACCGUGGGUCAUCCGUGAAUUCCAUGUCAUAAACAUUCUCCACUUUUUUCUUAAAGAAAAAAUACGAUAGCACAAAAUGUGAUAAAUGCGAUGCAAAGGAACCUCUGAUUCAAGCACUGAGAUACAGUUGGGAAAAACUCUUAGUUUGGGAGGCUGUAAUAGUUUGUUUCUUGGCACAUUUCAGCAGUAAUGUGCCAGCACCUUGGUUAGUUUAUUGAGCGUUCAGCUUCAGGUUUUUUUUAGGGUAAAGAAAGGCUCUCUGUUAGAUUUGUUUCUAGCUCUCCACCCCCAUCUUUUACAUUUGAUAUCCAGCAUUAACUUUAAUGCAGGGUGUCUUUUGAUUAACGUUUUUUUUCAAAUGUAAAUCAUGGGGAAGAAGAAAAAACCCUCCCAAAUUCUGAAAAUUUUGCAAAUAUGAAAAAUGUUCCUAUAUCUUGUUGGUUUUGCCCUGGCUUUUAGAGGCUGGUCAAACUAGUUACUGCCCAUCUUCUUAGCCAAUAUUCUUUCAGUCACUUGUUAGUGGUGGUCUUGAUGAUGCGAUAUUUGUCUUGUUUGCUUGUUUUGUGGCACAAGGACUGUGAAAGCUUAGUGUAUCAUUGAACUAUCCAGAUUCUUGCCUGCUAGAAAAUGUUGCCUGUUUGAGGCCGGUGUGUGUGUGGGGAUUGUAAUAGUGAUAAUUCUAUUGCUCUCUUGUGAGGUUUUUUCUUUCUUAAAAAUUGUUAAAACAAUUUUAGGUAGUAGAUACAGAACAUUUGGCAGGACCCAGCUAGCCCUGUGCACAGAGAGCAGGGUACAUAAGAGGCUCAGUCACAGGCCUGUAUAGCCCCCUCUUCUUCCACCAUGCUACCUUUGUGCUCCAUUGCUAUUGUUUCGUGUGCACCAGAUUACAGCUGGAGCAUUUUCUCCUUAACUGAGGCCUUCCCUCUCUUGACUUCAUAUUCUGAAGCAAUCGGCAACCUCCGUCUGUCUUAGGCUAUUGUUAUGCAGGCUACUACCAUUUUGCAUUUGACUCUCCAUGCAUAGGGUAAACAAAGUUCCACCCUAUGUUGUUUUUUUAUUAAUAUACAGGACUGGAUAGCAAAGAAGAAUCAAAACUCUGACUUCAUGAGUAAAUAGAACUUCCAAAGGGAAAGUGGCAUAGUAUAUUUGCGUGUGUUCAUUUUAUUGUGGAAGACGGCUUUGUUUCAGUUGGAAUAGCCUUGAUGCUGUCAGCUACAACCUGGAAACCAGAAAGUGAACUGACAUUUUUCCCCCUGAUGAAAUGCACUAGAGCGGAUUGUACUUUAUCAUCCUUGUCUGAUACAGCUAGGAUGUGAAGCAUAAAAUUAGAACAUGUGUUGGUUUAUUCCUAAGCUGGUCUGUCUACAUUUAAGCAAGAUGCCUUUCAAAUGAAAAUAAUUUCCCUGACAUGAAAAUUGCAUAUCCUUUGAUCAGGAUAUAUACUUAACAGUGACACAGUGCAAUCCUAUGCAUAUUAACUGGGAAGCAAAUUUCAAAUGGGGUUUACUCCUAGACAAAUGUACAUAAGAUUGCAACCUUAACUGUUUUCAUAAAGCCUUUGGAAAAUUUUCAGAUUGAAAAUCUUGCCUAAAAUACUUGAAGAAAUGUCAUACUAAUGACCUGGGAUUUCACUGAAAUAAAUGUGGGAAAAAUACCUGCUUGUAAUAAUUGGCAUAUAUCUGCCUGGCUUUCAGUAUGAUGCUGUAGUAUAUUAUGUCAACUGAGGAUUCUAUUAAUAUCUGCCCUUUGACUGCAAAGGUAAUACAAAAGCCUGAUUUCUUCUGGGCAGUUACAAAUAAAUGUUCAAAGGCGAAACACUCUUUAAAGCACCACCUGUGCCUUUAGAGACAAGAUUAUAGGAAAGCACUCCUGCAAUCUCAUCCUUCACCCAACUUACUUAAUAAGUGUGUCAAACAAAAGAACAUGAGUUGCAGGAGUUUGAUAGUAUUGGAGGACUCGAAAAAACAGGAACUCUCAGUCAUGUCUGUCCUAACUAGUCUGAUUACUGUGUACAAUUUCUUGGCACUUGCAAAUCCUCAGCAAAUCCAGAUCUUGGAUACAUUAUUGCAUGUGCUUCAUAGAUGCAGUUUAGAAAUUAAUAAUAGAGCAAGUUAUAUUUAUCGCACAGUAAACCUGUUAAUACCCAAAAUGCACUGGUUGCUACUUCUUAAAGAGUUUGGGAGGCCUCAUCAGGUCACCUCCUUUCAUGGUGCUUAGCCCCUUGGCAUUGAAUGCUAACUUGAUUGUUCCAUUAGUUAUCCACUGAAUAAUUGUCCCUGAGAUCUGUGUGUGUGAUUUUUGUUGUUGUUGCUUGUGUUUGCUUUGGGUUCUUGUAAAAUCUCUGAAAUCAAAACUAUUGUAGCAGCUACAAAACAAUUCACCAGCGUAACACAGAAGUCGAGAUACUCAUCAGCACUUCAGAAAGAAAGCAAACUUUAAAAGCUUUUCCUUAUAAAUUGUAAACUCUAUUUUGUGAAGAAUUUAUUAAAGGGGGGAGGAUAAAUGAUUGUGUAAUUUAUUGAGUUCAUGACUUUAAAAGGAAAUAAAGUCUGAAUUGAAAGGAA